AUGCUUAUGCGCAAACGAAACGAUCACUGCCCACUUCUUACUAAAUAUCGUGUGGAUGUCGCCUGCUCAUCGGAGGUCUGUCUUCCACUUCUCCACUGGCUUGUCGCAUUGGGCAAUAUGCCAGGGAUUCCCUUGGCGAUAGAAAUACAGGUGAGUCUCCAGCAUCAACCCGAUUUUUGUACAGGUUUACUUCUGCGGGGAACCUCGGCAUCUGAGCUCCAAACUGAGCAACAACCCACUGAUCAAUUACUAAUUACUAUGUCAAUUACUAAACCUGGCUCCGAGCAAAGAUAUUGGCUAUUUCAUUGUGAUGUCUUGGAAAACUCAAAGCGAAAUGGAGUUGCGAUUGUAUGA